CCGCGGCGUCGCAGGGCGGAGCUCUCUCCUUCCGGGCCCGGCGGCGGCGAGGGCGGCGGCGGGUCGGGCGGAGGGCAGCAGGCGGGUCGGUGGUCACCGGCCGGGCCAUGGCGGGCCGGGCGGCGUAGGAGUCCGGGGCCGCAGCAUGAACGCCGCCGCCCGGUUCCCGCUGCACCUGCUGGUCUGGCAGAACGACUUCCGGCAGCUGGAGGCCGCCCUGCAGGGCCAGGAUGUCGACCAGCAGGAUUCCCGCGGGCGAAGCUUGUUGCACCUGGCGGUCUCCUUGGGGUACGCGGAGUCUGUCCGCGUCCUGUUGCGGCACAAGGCAGAUGUCACUAAGGAGAACGCCCAGGGCUGGACAGUCUUGCAUGAGGCCAUCAGCACCGGCGAUCCGGAAAUAGUCCACAUGGUCCUUCAACACCGUGACUACCAGCAGACGUCCACCACCCUUGGUGGUGUCCCCGAAUUGCUUCAGAAGAUCAGUGAGACUCCAGAUUUUUAUGUGGAAAUGAAGUGGGAAUUCACCAGCUGGGUCCCGCUGGUGUCCAGAGUUUGCCCCAGUGAUGUUUGCCGCAUCUGGAAGAGCGGUGCAAAGCUGCGAGUGGAUAUCACCUUGCUGGGCUUUGAAAACAUGAGCUGGGAGCGAGGGAGACGCAGCCUGAUUUUCAGAGGGGAAGAUACCGGGCACUGGGCUGAGCUGAUUGAGGUUAAUCACGAUGACAAAGUGGUGGCAGCCGAACGCUUUGAGAUCACCCAGCAGAUCAAGCGGCUGACCCUGGACUCCAUGGUGCCAAAGAACAAGGAGGUGGAGCGACGGCUGACCUCUCCCGUCCUCAGCACUUCCCUGGACACCAGGAACAUCGCCUUUGAAAGAAACACCUCUGGCUUCUGGGUCUGGAAGACGGAGAGGAGCGAAGUGGUGAACGACUAUGAAGCCAAGGUCUUCACGGCCAACAAUGUGAAUGUGGUGACCAGGAUCCGGACAGAGCACUUGACCGAAGAGGAGAAGAGAAGAUACAAAGCUGACCGAAACCCCCUGGAGUCCUUCUUGGGCACCAUUGAGCACGAAUACGGAGCGCAGCAGGACCUCACGACAGAGUUUGCCUCGACCAACAACCCAACGGCUCUCACGCCAGAGGAAUACUUCGACCCUGAGUUCGACUUGAAGGACAGAGAUAUUGGCAGGCCGAAAGAAGUGACCAUUAGGACUCAGAAAUUUAAAGCCAAUCUGUGGAUGUCGGAAGAGUUCCCGCUCUCCCUCGUGGAGCAGGUCUCCCCCAUUGUGGACCUGAUGGCCAGGACCAGCGCCCACUUUGCUCGGCUGAAGGACUUCAUCACCUUGGACUUCCCUCCUGGGUUUCCGGUUAAAAUCGAAAUCCCCUUGUUCCACAUCCUGAACGCUAGGAUUACCUUCGGACGCGUAAACAGCUGCAGCACCCUGGAAGAGGCUUUGCCCCAGGGCCCCGAGGGCCCCCAGGCGACCGCUGCUGCUCCGGCCUCCCCCUUUGUGGUGGACCCCUCCGUCUUCGAGAUCCCCAAAUCCUACCGGGUCCAGGACGAUGGCCGGAACUUGCACGUGCAAGACGAUGACAACGAAAUCAUGCAGUUUGCCAUCCAGCAGAGCCUGAUGGAGUCCGGCCACAACCAGGAGCUUUUGGGGCCAGCCUUGAACGGGGACGUCUCCUACUCCCAGGAUCUCCAUCUCCACUAUCAAAGGGCCCUGCAGGAGAGCCUCCUGGCAAGCAGCGGGAACCACCCUCCCCUGCAUGGUUCUUCCACCUUCGACCGGGAUCUGCAGCUGGCCAUGGUGCUCUCCCUUCAGGAACAACAGGACCGGGAGCAGCGGAGGCAGCAGGAGGAGGAGGAGCAGCUGAAGGAGGCUCUCCAGCGCUCCCUGCUGGAAAAGUAGUGGGAUGACGCCUGGGGGAAGCAAGCGCCCGAUGCCCGGCCCUCCUGGGCACCGCACGGGCAGGCCAGGCCAGGCCCUCUUCGGCAGGAAGGGGGCUCUUCCGCUUGCCCACCCAAGCUUUCCGCCCAAAGAUCUGCCCGUCUUCCUCUGCGCUGAAGGGGGCAGCCCAGCUUCCUUUGCCAAAGCCUGUUCUGGAGGGGUGGCGGACUCUUGCCAGGCUCAAAGAGGGGGCAGUUGGGUAACCUGAGCCAAGGGAGGGGCUUCCUCGCCUACCAAAGAUUUCAGCAACUGUCGGGGGACCUUUAAUGCCCGCGUGCCUCGCCCACUGUCUGCCUACACCAGAGUGCUUCUCCUGUCCCUUCGUCUCUGUAGCCUUCCCAAGCCACCCCCUCGUGCCCCUCCUAGCAAAUCGGGGGGGGUGGUGGUUGUGUUUUUAAAUAAAGUGGGGGUAACUCC